CCCUCUCUGUCCCCGUCGCGUCCGCCGCCCGUUCCUGCCGCUAGGGGAGUGGCUGCGGAGUCUGAGCAUCAGUCGGCCGGUCUGUCUGUCUGUCUGCCUGUCUCCACACCUCCGGUGCGCUCACCGGCCUUUCGUGCACGUGGGGGAAGCCCGGACCCCUCUUUGUUCUGGCUGGGGGUGUGGAUGAGUGUGUGCACGCGCGACGGGGAUAUAUUUUAGAGGGUGGGAGCUCCAUGGAAUCGGACGAUUUAUAUAUUCCAUCGGGAUGACCCAGGCUCUGGACUGUGGCUGCGGCCGGCGUGCGGUGCUCCAGCGGCCAGAUGGCAAGUAGCUGCGCGUUCUGGGCUGCGGGAGAGGAUGGAGUGUGUCCCCCGCACUUCAGCACACAGACCGCGCCGCCCCUGGGGGCCUGCCUCACUGGCAGCCGUGUUUUGAGGUCCUUUCCUGUGCUUUCCCCAAAGCCACACGGCAUUUUUCAUAGUGAGUUUUAAAUCACGGAGACUUCGGCUUUUGUUUUAUUUCAUAACAGUUUGUCAUUCACGAAGCUGGUGGCAUUUGCUAGCAGUGUUUGAAGAGGGGCGGGCUGUCUUUUUGUGUAGUUCUGCAUGAUCUCGGACUGUCCCCCUGCUGUGCCUGUCCAUUAAAAGACUGUCUUUUUGUUGAAGAGGACGGGGGUUAAAAUGACCGGAGACCCGCAGGCCAAUCUCAGCGGCUUGCUCCGGGGUUACUUAGAUGCGGGUGCUCCUGUGGAGAACGUCUCCGCCGCCGUCUCCUCCCAGGUUCCCGGUGUGGAGCCGGAGCCGGAGCUCGUGGUGAACCCCUGGGACAUUGUCUUGUGUACCUCGGGAACUCUCAUCUCCUGUGAAAAUGCCAUCGUGGUCCUUAUCAUCUUCCACAACCCCAGCCUCCGAGCGCCCAUGUUCCGGCUGAUCGGCAGCCUGGCUCUGGCAGACCUGCUGGCCGGCGUUGGACUCAUCAUCAAUUUUGUGUUUGCCUACCUGCUUCAGUCGGAAGCCACCAGGCUGGUCACCAUUGGCCUCAUUGUCGCCUCUUUCUCUGCCUCUGUCUGCAGCUUGCUGGCCAUCACCGUGGACCGCUAUCUCUCCCUGUAUUAUGCUCUGACAUACCAUUCGGAGAGGACAGUCACGUUUACCUAUGUCAUGCUUAUCAUGCUCUGGGGGACCUCCAUCUGCCUGGGACUGCUGCCCAUCCUGGGCUGGAACUGCCUCCGGGACGAGUCCACCUGCAGUGUGGUCAGACCGCUCACCAAGAACAACACGGCCAUCCUCUCCAUCUCCUUCCUCUUCAUGUUCGCGCUCAUGCUUCAGCUCUACAUCCAGAUCUGCAAGAUCGUCAUGAGGCACGCCCACCAGAUAGCCCUGCAGCACCACUUCCUGGCCACCUCGCACUAUGUGACCACCCGGAAAGGGGUCUCCACCCUGGCCAUCAUCCUGGGGACCUUUGCUGCUUGCUGGAUGCCUUUUACCCUCUAUUCCUUGAUAGCUGAUUACACCUAUCCCUCCAUCUACACCUACGCCACCCUCCUGCCCGCCACCUACAAUUCCAUCAUCAACCCUGUCAUAUACGCGUUCAGAAACCAAGAGAUCCAGAAAGCCCUGUGCCUCGUCUGCUGCGGCUGCAUCCCAUCCAGCCUCUCCCAGAGAACGCGGUCCCCCAGCGACGUGUAGCAGCCUUCCAAUGACAGGAUGCUGCUCACCCAAUGCUGCGUCUACCAAGCACUUCCACUGCCUGGCGAGCGGUCCAGAUGCUUUCCUUAGAUUCUUUAUGCGGGAUUCUGUUUGGAGCCACAGAAACACUUAGCAUUCGUGAAACUUUCAUUCAGAUCAGUUAAGUGAUUGGAGUGAAAAUAAUGUUACCCGUGUUUUCACACUUUUAAAAAAAUUGUUGAGGUCUUUGCUCAACAUUCUGUUGUUGUUUAGGAGUGGGGGGUUUGUUUUAUAUUUUAUUUGGAGGCAGGGUUUUUGCUUUAUAUUUUGUUUGGAAGGUUGAUGGUGGGUCAAAAAGGAAGGGAUUUGACAAGGCCAUGAUGUUCUCGAAAGUAAACUGGUCCCAGAAUCUUUACUGGACUUUAAAAUAAAAUGGAGUUAUUGAGGAAAAUGAAGUUACUCUUUCCAGACUUUUUUUUUAUAUGUCAAGGUAGAUUUUCAAUACUACAUGUAUCUAACAGAAUACAGUCUCUUUCAUGCCAGUGGAAAUGUUUUACAUGCUUUUGCUUGGAAGAAACCUGAUUUUGUAAACAUGAACUCAAUAAUAAGUUACCAACACUGAAACUGUGAGCCCGUUCUUAUUCAUCCUUCCUUUACUUUCAGCAGUUACUGUUGACAAGAAUUACUCUGGUAUUUCUAUGACUGUUGUAACUCUUUCUGCAUGGUUGCCUGUAUUAGCUAGACCACUAGUUUCAAAUGUUGUCAUGUAAAUCCAGAAUCAAAUGCGUCAUUUUUCAACAUAGGUUUUUAAUAUGUCCUUUUAAAAGUGAAUUAUGAAAUUUGUUUUUAUUUGCAUAGGAAGUUGGAUUCACCCUUGUAGUUUCUCAAGCUACAGUCUCAUUGUUUUUAGGAAACAAAAAGAAAAAAUUAAUAAUAUCUCUUGAAAGUAGAUUAAAUAUAUUUCAGUAUAUUCUGAAAUAUAAAUCAAUGUAAAACUAUCACAUAAUAUGAAAAACAUCACUUUUUUCUAUCUUCAUCUAAGAAUGAAUUAAUAGUUAUUCUUGAUUGAGACAAAUAGAAUUAAAUAUUGUAGACCACAUAUUUCUGGUUUAUAUUAUCAAUGGUGUAAAAUGCAUUUGAAACAGGUGGUCUCCUUUUUUAAUUAUUUUUUUGUUUGUGUGUACAUAGCACCCUUAUCUGAUGGUGACAUAUCAUAUAAGUUCACCAGUGGCUGUUCAUAAAAAGUUAAGUUUCAACUUCUUUUUCUUCUUUUCACCAAAAAACCAACUUAAAUGCAAUAAAAACUGUAUUUCCUGUUUUCAGAGAGCAAGGAUUUCACAAGGAAAUUACACAGAAGAACUGAUUUUAAACAUUAUAAAAUCAUUGUGUCUGAGCAUCAUUUCUGUUAGCACAGACAGAUGUUUUGGGACACUUUCCCUCCAUGGGCAGUGGACUUACAGCUGUGUCUACACAACCAGAUGGCGAUAAGACCAGUGUAAGAGCCCCUGGUGAAUCAUUAGCCUCAUUGGUUUGUCCCCAUGUUCUGCCCAUGGUCUCAGGACCCUCCGGCUAACUGCAUACUGAUGCCAUCUCUCCAGAGCCCCUUCUCAUGUAGCACAAAUAGGAAUAAAUCCUCUACUCAGACCUGUGUCUCCUCCCUUAGGCUACUUGUGGAAGCAGGAGAAAGGUUGAAAUAUUUCAGAAAUGGAGAAGGAUUUUUCAAUGCAUAUUACCUUACAAUCUAAUCAAGCUGAUGCCUUUAAAAUUUUUUCUUCAAUAUGUGAUUGAGUUGGUAGAUUGAACAUGAUGAGUCUGUUUUUAAUCACUUCGAGUCAGUAGCAGCUCCAUGCCAGAAAUAAUUAAGGUAAGUUGGUUUGGCCAUGGGCUGGGAAAUAUCCAGAAGGAGGUCUGAAAGCAAUAAGUGAUGUUUUUGUAGUAAUGGCCUUGGCUGGUUAGUUCAGUUGUUCAGAGCAUUUUCCUGAUACCUAAGGUUGCGGGUUCGAUCCCCGGUCAGGGUGCAUACAAGAAUCAAUAAUCAAUGAAUACAUAAAUAAGUG